GCUAAACGGCAGACGGUCAGUCGCAGUCGGUCUGCGGUCCUUUGGGUUAGGCCGUUUGUCAUAUUUUGAAAACAGUCCUAGUCAACCGGUUGGCGCCCUCGCGCUCGCUCUCUCGCAGGUAAUUCGUUUUCGCGCAAAAGGAACCUAAUCGCGUAGUUUAUACCAGUAAAAUAAAAAACCAUUAUUUUUUGUAUUAACAAAUAACAUUUGUGAAAACGCACCCGACGUUCUUUAUGUUAACGCCUCAUUAAUACGGUUCCCUACCGUCGUCAUGUGUCCAGCGGGGUGAUCGGUUUCGCCUUGCCGUUUCUUUCGUUCAGUUUACACAGUGGUCGGUUUUAAGUAGACCAAAUAAAAAAAAAUAAACUAAACAAUAUUGGUCUAUCGCCUCGAUUACGGGUUUGACCGGUGCGACAGCGGCUUAUACCGACAGUCACACAUGGCCUCAGCCAGCAGCGGUCAGCCGGCUUGGCGCACACCAUCGUUGCUCUGGUGUUGGUGCGCCGUCUUGGUCGCGGUCGACACCGCCAAACAACACCAGCAACAGCACAGAAGUGUCAACGGUGACAAAGAAGACCUGUCGCUGUACAUAGACGAACAACAAGUUAAAAUGUAUAGUGGUAUAUCGAUGCCGAUAUACGCUAUCAGAGACGGCGAAGUCAUGUCGUACAUUUUGGACAAAAAUUUCGAACAGUAUUUACCAGUCAUUCCUUCCGAGGUGGGAUAUGUAAACUUCACGUGGAUGUCCGGCAAGAAAAAAUACUUUUAUGUUUUCGACUCGCUCAGGUCGUUCGACGAAAGCAUACUUAAGCCACCCAUAGUCACCAUAGAGCCCAAAGGGAGAAUACCGAGCGAGCCCAAAGUAUUCAGUAUUUUAUUACCAUGCACGGGGAAUGUCGGCGGUAACACUAGUUUCAGUAUAAGUCUGUCGAUUCAUAACAGGAAACUUCGUGCUUUGCCAUUUACACCAUUAAAGGUGAAACUCAAAAAGAAUUGUACCGUCAACAGUGCAAGUAAAAGUACAAGUCCGGACUUAGAAUGUGAUAAAAAGUGCGAAAACAACGGACGGUGUAAUGCGGAUAAAAUUUGUCAGUGUCAAGACGGAUACAUGGGGCAAUAUUGUAAAACGGCAUUGUGCUAUCCACAAUGCAUGAAUAACGGCACAUGUAUCGCUCCUGGACGUUGUAAAUGUCUACCUGGUUACCAAGGACCAAAUUGUGAAGGAGGAAUUUGCGCUGAAAAAUGUUUGAACGGUGGAAAAUGCAUACAAAAAGACACCUGUCAGUGUAGAAAAGGAUUUUACGGGCCGCGAUGUGAAAAAACCAAAUGCAUUAUACCGUGCUUGAACGGGGGAAAGUGUAAAGGUAUAAACAAAUGCCGGUGUCCUUUUGGUUUCCAAGGAGAUCAUUGUGAAAUAGGCCAACCCGUACAACAAUAUUACGAUUGUAAGCGGCCAUGUCACAACGGCUAUUGUACUGAAAACAAAACGUGUCGCUGUCAACAAGGAUGGGCUGGCAAAUUCUGUACAAGAAAAGUAUUAAAACCAAAAAGAAACAAUACCCUCAAGUUGAGGUAUUCACCUUCAAUCGAGGAUGACUAUGACCCCGAAGACGACUAUGAGGAAGUGACAAAGAAACGUAGAAAAGUGUUCAAGUGUUAGAAAAAAAUUCUGAUAUGUAUAUAUAGCUAUAUAUAUUAAUAAUGAAGAAAUUAAACAAUCUGUGAUUUUAUGUGUAUAUGAGAAAAUAAAACUAAUAUUUUAGAUAUAAAUUUGUUAAAAAAAACUAUUAAGAAGUUAUAUGAAAUAAUAUACUAGUCGUUAACUAAGUAUUAAAUUUGC